CAGCUCCUCCCCCGUGUGAUGGGAGGGGCGGGAGGUGAUAUAUAGGCCCGUGGUUGACAGUCGGGACAGCGAGAGCUCCAGCAACGCUGAGAGGGGGACGGAGGAGGAAAAACAAAGAUUUCUAAGCGCUUUACCCUCUACCUGCCUGGCACACAUCCUCCUGCCCUUACCAAGAGAUAUUUAUGACAGAUAUGCAGCUUGAAAUUCAGGUAGCUCUGAAUUUUAUCAUCUCGUAUUUGUAUAACAAACUGCCCAGGCGACGCGUCAACAUCUUCGGGGAAGAGCUUGAUCGACUUCUGAAGAAGAAAUAUGAAGGCCAUUGGUACCCUGAUAAGCCGUACAAGGGGUCUGGCUAUAGGUGCAUCCACGUCGGUGAGAAGGUAGAGCCAGUCAUAGAGCAGGCCGCCAACGAAAGCGGUCUGGACAUUGAGGACGUACGUAGAAACCUUCCUCAUGACCUCAACGUGUGGAUCGAUCCCUCUGAGGUGUCCUAUCAGAUCGGAGAGAAGGGACAGAUCAAAGUACUUUACGUCGACGACAACAGCGAGAACGGAUCGGAACUUGAUAAGGAAAUCAAGAACAGUUUUAACCCCGAGGCCCAGGUGUUCAUGCCGAUCAUCGACCAGUCCUCUCCGGUAUCCAGCUCGCCCUCGCCUCCGUUCGGCGACUCUGCCGCUGUAAGCCCGACGUUUAUGCCCAGGUCCUCUCAACCUUUAACGUUUACGACUGCCACUUUUGCUGCCACAAAGUUCGGCUCCACCAAAAUGAAGAUGAACGCCCGCAAUAAGAUUGCACGGUCCUCCCCCACGCAGUUCGGCUUCACCGUCAACAACUUGUUAAAGCAGAACGCGUUGUCGUCCUCCAUGCACUCGCUGUAUGGCCUCGGCCUUACAAACCUCCAGCAGAGUACUUCUGCCCUUUCCCCGAACGCCAAGGAGUUUAUCUUCCCCGACAUGCCAGAUCAAGGAAGAUUUGGCAUGAACUGCCCCAACGAUAAUGCACUAGGCCUUGGCCCCUUUCCUUACAGCAAUGCCUUCGACAUGUUUGCGGCGUACGGCGGUCUCAACGAGAAAUCGCUAGUGGACGGCUUGAACUUCAGCCUCGGCAACGUGCAGUAUUCUAAUCAGCAAUUCCAGCCGGUUAUGGCGAACUAAACUGUUAUUUAUCCAAAGUAUUGUACAAGCUGCGCGGUCUUUUUUUCCUCGGCUUGUAGCCCUCGUACAUUCAAGUUGGUUGCAGAAGCACAUACAACUUAAUUUUUUUAUUUUUUUUUCCCCCCCAGACUAAGUGCAAGCUUAUAUUGUGUUCACUACACUUUUAAGGAAUAUUGCCUGGUACAGUAUUUAGAAGCUAUAUUUUUUUUUUUAUAGGCAUUGAGUGUUUUUUUUUUCUAAAAAUUGAAAAUAUUUGUUUUUUGCUUUUUGAAGGUCGGAAUAUCCCGUUUCACCCACAUUUAGAGGAGUGAAAAAAAAAUUACAUUGUAUAAUGUAUUAAAAAAAAAAAAAAGGGGAAA